AUGUUGGCAAAAGAGUUCGAAAUCAAGAAUCUCGGUUCAAUCAGGUAUUUUCUAGGGAUGGAAUUUGGUAGUAAUUUUGUGUCCCAAAUAAAAUAUACUAUUGAUCUUCUAAAAGAGACAGGUAUGCUUGGAAGCAAGCCAAGCAAAACUCCAAUUGAGCUCGGAGACAAAAAGAGGAUGUUUGAAGGAAAUCCAAUUGAUAAAGGAAGGUAUCAAGAGCUAGUAGGAGAGUUAAUCUACCUCUCACACACCAGAUCAGAUAUUGCCUUCGCAGUAUGUCUUGUUAGUCAAUAUAUGCAUGAUCCGUGUCAAGGUCAUCUCAAUGCAAUAUAUAGAAUUAUGAGGUAUUGUACGCAAACUCUAGGGAAAGAUCUUUUCUACCAAAAGACAACUGAAAGGAAAGUUGAAGUGUUCACAGAUGUAGACUGGCUUGGCUCAGUUGAUGAUAUAAAGCCUACAUCUGGAUAUUGUACAAUGGUAUGUGGGAAUGUGGUAACAUGGCAAAGUAAAAAGCAAAUAGUGGUUACUAGAAGCAGUACAGAAGCAGAAUAUAGAGCCAUAGCCCAUGGAGUUUGUGAAGAAAUAUGGAUCAAACGCCUAUUGGAGUAG